AUUAUAAAAUACGUUUCGAUUCCGUCUUAUAUAUAAUAAAAGCCUCCAUUUUCUCUCUGUUGCUCUUCAUCUCGCGUCGCUUUUUGGCGGUUUCAGCUUUUAUCGUUCGAACAUUCGAUUCCUUUUUCUUUUUUUUUGCUUAGCACUCUCACUAUCUUUCUCAAAGGGAAAAUUUCGGACAGAUGAUUGCAGGUUUGGAACAAGCUAAGGUUAUGAAAUGGAAACCGACCGGAAAUCACAUUCGAUGAAGAAGCUCGAUGACGUGAAAUGUCAAAGGGUUGAUCAACCCGUAGUUCCUGGUCUGGACGAUGAAGUGACUGAGGUUGAGCAUUUACUUGCAGAACCUAAAAUUGAACAUGUUUCGGCAGAUGGAAUCUUAUGUUUUGGGAACGAGAAUAUAGAGAAGCACUUGAAAAUGGAGGACUUCUCGUGUGCCUUCGAUUAUGGCUGGAAAAUCAGUUCCGGUGGGCUGGAUUCUAUCCAUGGUCGAGGAGGAGAUGAUUUGAAGCUCGAAGUUCUCGACGGAUUGCUCGAUGAGGUUGAUGAAGUGGAUGAUAUCGAUGCAGCCCAUGAUCUCUCCGGUGCUUGUGAAGAUUUUCUUUUGGAUAUUGAAUUUCCUGAAAAGUUAUCCGAGUUGGAUUGCGGUCCUCGUGAAGGAUCAACUUUGUGCAACUCAAGUUCAGAAAGUCAUUCGCCUGGAUUUAGUGGAAGGAGUAAUAGUGUCAGUGGCAUAUCAGAAUCAUCGAUAGCAACUGUUCGAGAAUCCAACAGUGAGAAUGGUGGGCUUGGGAAGAGGGUUGGUUGCAAUUUACGUCAUAACUUUAGGAGAAAACACGGGUGUCAGGGUCCCGUUAUGGAUGUUGGUCGAUCAAGUAUAGAACACGUGCAAGAUCUUGACGAGUCCGAUGAUGAUGAAAAACCUUUAGUAAGUCUUAUAUUGUCGAAUCAGAAAGUAAAAAGCUCUGUUAAAGUAACAAAAGGUGACACUCUUCUCAGACAGAAGAGACUACGCAAACCGACUCGGAGGUACAUUGAGGAAUUUUCUAGAAAUUCCACUAUGGAAGAGAGUAAGAGCCAUAAAAUCCAACCGCAAGAAGAGUUUCCUCAAGUCCCAUCUGAAUCCCAGCCUCGGAGAGGAUGUCCGAAGAAAAUUGUGCUUAAAUCGGAGCUUGAAUCGGAUUAUGAGCUCUCUGCAUCAGAAUCGGAAGAUGGGCGUAAGAGAACUAAACGAUCCAAAACAGCUUGUGAUCGGAGGAAGCAUCAAAAGAUGUGGACCCUUAUGGAGGUGAUUAAGCUUGUUGAUGGAAUUGCCAAGUACGGUGUCGGAAGAUGGACCAAUAUAAAAAAGCUUCUGUUUGCAUCAUCCACUUAUCGGACACCUGUUGAUCUCAGGGACAAGUGGCGAAAUCUACUACGAUCCAGUUCUGUGCAGGAAAACAACCGGAGAGAGGUUGAGAAUCAUCCGAAGCAUGCCGUACGUCCCUUACCAAAGCCCGUGGUACGUCGCAUCCGUGAACUGGCAACCAUUCAUCCAUACCCGAAGGUUUCAUCUGUCGAUUAUGUUCCUUCGUCCGAACAACCGACAACUAAAGGCACUCCGGUUUACUACCGUGCACGAAACUUACGUAGGAAGUAAGCGUAGUUUGAAGAAAGCAUUUUGUGUUAAUUCAAGUUUAGCUUGUAAUAGUCCCUUUAACACCGACCUGCACAUAUUAAUGCUCUUUAAAUCAUUAGGAAAUUAAUCUGGUAAAGUGAAAAACCAAGGUUUACAAUUAUAAUAGUUUUCUAUCAUUCUUGACUAA